CAACGAUCACUUUGUGGUAAGAUACACACCGAGUGACACCCCCAACACGAGACGCACACGUUCUUACUUCUAGUAGAAUUUAAAAUGUCCAGUUUUUUGGACCCAGGCACUGUUCUGGGGGGCGGAAAAUACUUGCUGCAAAGUCCUUUAGGAUCUGGAUCUCAUGGAGAUGUUUACUUGGGAAAGGAUUUAAAUUCGAAUAAGGAAGUUGCAAUCAAGUUGGAAAGCUGGGACUGUGAAGAAAUGUUUCUAUGUCAUGAAUUUCAAGUUUAUAAAAUAUUGGAAGGUGGUCGAGGGUUCCCACAAGCAUGGUGGUUUGAUCAAGAAAAACGUCACAAUAUAUUGGCGAUGGAUCUUCUAGGACCCUCACUAAAUACGUUGUUUCAGACGUGUGGAAAUAAGUUCAGCGUAAAAACGGUGCUGCUAUUGGCUGAUCAGCUUCUUGAGCGACUGGAAUAUCUGCAUAGCAAGCGUUUCAUUCACCGAAGCAUAAAACCUGAAAAUUUUGCCAUGGGACGUCAUGAGUCAUCCCUGGUCUACAUGAUUGAUUUUGGCAACGCUAAACGAUAUCUAAAUAAAUCUGGAGAGCAUAUUAAGUGCAAGGUUUAUAAUGAACUCGGAUUGGCCAACUGCCACUCUAGGCACCAAUCAAUUUCCGCACUUAAAAGAAUGGAGAGAAGCCGUCGAGAUGAUUUGGAAUCACUUGGCUACAUGCUCAUCUAUUUCUUGAGAGGAAAUCUUCCCUGGGAUGAUUUCAUGGAUGAUCCUGCAACUCUAAAGCAAGUGAAAAUGGGAACGUCCAUUAAUUCCUUAUGCCAGGACUGCCCAGACGAAUUUAGCAAAUACAUGGCUUACGUUCGAAGUUUAAAUUUUGAAGAGACACCGGAUUACUCGGUUGUUCGUGAAAUGUUCAGAGAUUUAGCUCGCAAUCUGAAUAUUAAAUACGACGGUAAAUUCGAUUGGAUCCCAAAAGAGAAGGAAAUUGACAAAACUACAUUUGCGGCCAACAGUGGUGCGGAUAUUAAACUUCAGGAGCGUUAAAAAACAAUAUAUGAAUUUACGUACAUUUGUUUAAACACUUUUGAUAUCUUUCUAAAUAUGUAGGUUUCAGAUUUUUGUAUUAAUCAAUACUUCGAACAUGAUGAGUAGUAAUGCUCAGUAAAUAAUAAGUUUCUAAAUCUUUGAAUUUAAGUCCACAUAUUUGCAUGCAUUCCGACUUCAUAAAAAGCACUACAGAAUAUCCAAUGAUAGAAUUCGGCUAACAAAUAUGACACAAUGCACACAGAGAGCCACAAUACAUAUGCAUGUACGUAUGUAUUUUAUGUGCAUAUGCAAAGAGUGUUCAACGAGAUCUUUUACGAACAACUUACUCUUAAUUUGCAACAAAUCUGGUUCGGAUAGGGUCCUAAUUUUGUCGUAAUAUAGCCGUGCAUUCCUCAAUUAAAACUUUUAGUGCACGGCACGAGGACCAAGAAGAAAGGUUCAUUCCGCACUUUGUUCUUCGAUAUCAAACAGAACCUGCGAAUACGCAACUUAACGAUUUUCGAAAUUAAUCUAGUAUUAAUUCUAAAUUCAAAUAGUGGUUUUAAAUUGUUUGUAUAAAGUGUAAUAAAAUGUUCUCCGACGUGAAAUGUUGUACUUUUAUACUGUUAUUAUUGAUAUCAUAUUCCUGUGUUGAAGCUAGAAUUAUAUCAAAUUCUGAAUACGGUGAAAAUGUGAAUGAUGAAUCAAUAAACUCUGAGAUACUUGAUAACACAGUUUACGAAAAUUGGUAUGAUUAUUAUGAUGAAGCAUUGUUGGAGGAGUACGCGGGGCCAGUGGUUGUGGAUCUUGAUAAAUACAUGACUGGGGAUGAUAUUCAUAACAAUUAUGACGAUUAUUAUACAACGAAUAUUGAUGAAAUGCGUUCUCCUUCUGCAAUAAAGUUUGACCUCAGUUGUCCAGAUCUACCUUCCUAUCCUGCAGAGCACAGACUUAAGCAGUGUCUUGCAAAAACAUGCCGAUCAAAUGCAGAUUGUGAGUUGGUCAGCAAUUGGUCAACAUCAUCAAUGCAACAAGACAGAGUGUGUUGUUUUAAUGGAUGUGUAUCCACUUGUCUUCCAAAAAUGUAUCCACCAAAAGCUUUUGACUGGGUCGAUGAAAUUGAGCUACCAAUCCAGAAGAGCAAUUCAAAUGCAGGGAAAUUAAAAUCUCUCUCAAUCCUCUCAGCUUCUGAAGAUUACAGUUCGAUGGACACAAUCGUUCUUCCUGGAGGCUGUGUAAUUACUGCGUUUCAACUGCAGGAGCUUCAAAUGUUCCGAAAACAUGGUCACGUUGAUACUUGCACCUGUACAGAUGCGGAGGUUGUGUGUCAAGUAAAAACAUAAACAUGACAAACAUUAAAAUAUCUAUAACGUACAAAGUAAAAUGUAUUAUCUUAUUAUGUAUGUUUUACAAAUGAACAAUGAUAAAGGAUGAGUAUUUUCGGCAUU